AUGCCAGCUAAAGCAGCUCAACCCAAAAAGAAGGAAAAAGAAGCCACCGGAGGUUCAUCUGGUGGUGGCAAAGCUAAAAAGAAGAAGUGGUCGAAAGGAAAAGUUCGCGACAAGCUUAACAACAUGGUCUUGUUCGAUAAAGCAACUUAUGACAAAUGUGUCAAAGAUAUGCCACAAUACAAAUUAAUCACCCCGGCUAUUGUUUGUGAACGUUUCAAAGUUCGUGGUUCACUUGCUCGCCAAAUCAUCCGUGAACUCGUUCGUCGCGGCCUCAUUCGACCAGUCGUUAAACACAGCAGACAAGAAAUCUAUACCCGAGCAACCAAAGAAGAUGCACCAGGUGAACAAGAAGCUGGUAAAGAAGGUGGCACCGAAAAGAAACAAGGUGGUGGUGGUGAAAAGAAAGGCAAGAAGGCUGCCGCUGCCGCUGCAGCAGCUGCCUCGGAAGAAGCCAACGCCGAAUAA